AUGUCACAGUACGACGAAACAUCUACUUCCCCGCGCCCCAAGUUCCCGAAGUUUCAUAAGAAAACUCGCGCACCGCCUUCGCCGACUGCAGAGGUCGAGAGCGUACCCCUUCCCGAACGUGUCACCGCGUCGUCAUCACCCACCCCAGAGGGCCAGUCCCCUGUCAACCACAGCAUCCCCGAGUCGCCCGAUUCGGCCUGGUGA